AUGAGCCAGGGCAACCCGCAGCAGGGCGGGCCGCCGCCGCCGCGGCCGCCUAUGCAACCAGCGCCCCACGGGCCACACCCGGACAUGAUGAGGCCGAUGAUGAUGGGUCCUUACCACAUGAUGCCGCAUUUUCACCCAAUGGGUCCAAUGCAUCCCAUGUCCGGCCCGCCGCCCGUGGGGUUCUUCCACGUGCACCCCGCGAUGCCUCCGCCGAUGUACCGCCCGGGAAUGCCCCCGCACAUGGCGAUGCCGCCCCCCGGCGCCGGCCCUCCGCCGAUGAUGCUGGAGCCAGGUCCCGCGGUGAACCCGUUCGAGCCGCGGCCGCCCGAGCACGCGUACGAGCCGUCCGGCCCGCCACAGCCGCCCCAGGAGCAGGCCGUGGCGCCGCCCGCGGUCCCCGCGCCGCCCCCGGCGCAGGCCGAGCCGGCGACGGUCGAGAGCGACUCGGCUCCGCCUCCGGCCCGCGACGCGGGGGGCAACGAGGGCGCGAGUCGCAUAUCCGGGGACAUCAUCGACGACCUGAGCUUGAAGUUCGUGCUGAGCUUGCUCGACGAGGAGCGUGAGGACCUCCUGCGGCUCAUGUUUGCGGUGGAGAAGGCCUGGUGGUACUACACCGACUUCAUGCGGCGCCAGGACGCCAAGCUGCCGAAGGUCGACCUCACGGAGUUUUCCCGGUCGCUUUUCGCCCGAUGCCCGGGGCUGCAGCGGCACGCCAAGUCCGCGAACAAGGUCGUGAAGAAGUUCCAGGUCUACAAGGCCACGAUCCCCGUCUGCGGCGCCAUCCUCGUCUCCCCCGACCUCGACAAGGUCCUGUUGGUGCGCGGCAUCUCGAGCGGGUCGUCCUGGAUGUUCCCGCGCGGGAAGAAGGAGUUCAACGAGACCGACGAGGACGCAGCGGUCAGGGAGGUGUUGGAGGAAACGGGGUUCUCCGCGGAGGGCAAAUUCGACCCGUCGGACGCGCUGGAGAUUCUGAACGGCGAGCAGCGCGUGCGGCUGUUCAUCGUCCCGGACGUGAGCGAGGAGACCGCGUUCGAGCCGCGGUGCCGCGGGGAGAUCGGAGCGUAUGGCUGGAUGCCAAUCGCGGAGCUGCCGGCGAACCGCGAGCAGGCCGCGGCGCCGUUCGAGGACGCGGCGGGCGUGCGGCACCGGUUUUAUCAGGUGUGGCAGUUCAUCAAGCCGCUGCGGACGUGGAUCAAGCGGCGGAAGGCGGAGGCGAAGGACAGGGAGAAGCGCAAGGGGGGGAGUAAGAAGGGGGGUAAAGGGGCCGCGGAGGGCCCGCCGGUGGUGGUGGCGGUGGGCGGGAAGGCCGAGGAGAAGAAGGCGGAGGAGAAGAAGGUGGCGGUGGUGGCGGGGGAGGCGAAGAAGGGGAAGAAGGUGGCGGCGGGGAGGGACGUGGCGAGUGCGCGGGCGGAGGGGUACGAGGGCGGGACGGAGGAGCAGGGGGCGGCGCGGAGCGAGGGGAAGCGGGGGAAGGCGGCGAAGAGUCGGACGGAGCGCGCUGCGGGGCCGGGGAAGAGGGGGAGUGCGUCGGGGGGGGCUGGGGGGAUGUCGGGGGCGUUGGCGGAGCUGGACCGGGCCGUCGAGGGGCUGCGGGCGCUCGCGAAGUUCUCGUUCGACACGGGAGCGAUCAUGCGCGUGCUGGAGGCGCAUGCGUGA